AGACAUAUAGGUACAUAGCCCCCAAUUACCUUAGGUAGUGCCGAGACUUCCCAACUUCCACGUCAAAUCUUUUUUAUAGGUAUUGGAUCACUUGAUGAUGAGCUCACUUGUCCGUGGUUUUCUUCCCAUCAGUCUCGCCAUCGCGUUUGGGAUAUGGAAUGGUUACUAUGCGUUUGACACCUCACUCCGGGAGCAGCAACAGCAAGGCAAACGAGCAACGCAACAGCCCACGACCACAAAUGACAGUCAACAACCUCCUAAGGCGCUAGAAGCCGGGCAGCCGGCCCAGCAAAAGUCAUAGGAAGACACAUCGCCAAGCCGACUGUUGUUGAGCCCUACAGGUUCUGUGGUGAUAACCUUCUACUAAGCUAGUCGCUUAGAGGGUUUGGAAUUGGGCCAUACA